AUGGUCUUGAAGGUUGGAGUCAUUGGCGCAGGCAUUGGCGGCCUGAGUGCCGCCAUUGCUCUUCGACGAACAGGCGCCCAAGUUGAGGUCUUUGAGAGGUCCAGCUUCAAGGAUGAGAUAGGCGCUGCCAUCACCAUCACACCAAAUGGAAUGCGCGUUCUUCGACACUUCGGGUUUGAUCCCAAGACAGCGCGCGGUGUGCAGAAUAAGCAGAUGCGUAUGGUACAUCCGCAGACUCUUGAGGAUCUUGUCGUCGAGAACUUUAGACAUGUUGAAAAUGACUACGGUGCGCCGUUCAUGUUCUUCCAUCGUGUGGAUCUUCAUACUGCGCUGAAAGAGAUGGCUCUAUCGAGUGAUGAGCAAUAUCCGGGUCUGCCAGUGGUGAUCCAUAAUGGUCAUUCUGUGACGAGCCUUGACUGUGAGAAUGCCACGAUUAUGUUGGACAAUGGGGAAACCUUUGCGAAAGACCUUUUAGUUGUUGCUGACGGCGUUCGAGUAAGUCCCGUAUAUACCAUGUUGCCGUCCUCAGUAGCUGAUCUUCUUGGACCAAACUCAUCAACCAAAUUACCCAAAAAGAUGUCCCUCUUGAAGAUAUCGGCUCCUCAUUUUACCGGUGUCUCAUCCCCUUCUCGGAGGUUAAUAAAGACCCCGAUCUUGCCGCCAUCUUUGAAGACCAAGAUCCAGGAUUCUGGGUCCCCUUUGACCUAUCUACUGGGACCUUUCUCGUUACAUAUCCCUGUCGGAAUGGAAAGAUGCUCAACGUCGCUUUUCGUCACAAGACUAAAGCUGAAAAUGAGCACGCGGUCGAUUGGAAUACUGACACGAACAUUCAAGACAUCACUGCCAUGCUUGUCGACAAGUGUUUCUGUUUAUAAGCUGUUCCGUCGGGAGCCACUUGAGACGUACACUCGGGGUAGAGCGGUCAUAAUUGGUGAUGCUGCACAUCCUAUCCAACCAACGCACGCACAAGGCGCAGUUCUCGCGACUGAGGAGGCAGCAGCACUAGAAGUUCUCUUCAAAGACAUUCAGCGUCCAGAAAAGGUCACAGAGGGUCUGUCUUUGUACAAUGAUAUUUUGAAACGCCGCAUUCAUGUUACUCAACUUCUUUCUGACGCGCAGCCUGGGAUUUCUAGCGUGCUGCGGCAACGAGCUGAAGAUAUAUGGGGAGAAGGGAUCUUUCCUCCUGACGCGAUGAACUUUACGAGACUGAUUCGAGACUUCUUUUAUUCUUAUGAUGUCAUGGAAGAGGCGGAGAAGGUUUUAACACGUGCAAUAUAG